UACAACUCCCGAGGAUUCAAACGGGAAACUUCAGCGUGAAGUGCAGCCGCGCUCCGGCGCUCUCUUAGCUUGCUUUUCCUCCCUGGAACCCGAGACGCGGAUUUUCCUGGCCCCGCCGCCCUGGUUUCUUCGGGAAGCCCUCCAGGGAGGCCGGAUCCUGCCGGGGUUGCCCUCCAGCCUGGUCAUGGGGGGCGGCGAGGCACCAUAGGAGACGCGAGGCGGCGCUGAGCGUGGCACUGCCUCGGGUCCCCGCGCCGGCCCGGCCGCUGCGAGCGCGCCUCGCCGCCCAGCCUUCUGCAGCAAUGGCUCGUCCGUGAAACGCGAGCCGGCUCUGUUCCUUUUCGGAGUGCCUGCAUCCUUCGUGUGGGCUUCACCACUGUCCUGGGUGAAAAUGGCUGUCUAGACUAAAAUGUGCCACAGGGGACCAAGCAGUGGAUAUCCAGCCUGUUAAACCCAACUCGUAAGCGCCGAGACCUGGAGGAGGAGGAGCUCGGCUCUGAAAAGUGCAGUCAUGAAUUCUGGAGUUGCCAUGAAAUAUGGAAACGACAACUCGGCCGAGCUGAGUGAGCUUCACUUGGCAGCCCUGGCAUCACUCAAGGGAGAUAUAGUGGAGCUUAAUAAACGUCUGCAGCAAACGGAGCGGGAACGGGACCUUCUGGAAAAGAAAUUGGCCAAGGCACAGUGUGAGCAGUCCCACCUCAUGAGAGAGCAUGAGGACGUCCAGGAGCGAACGACGCUUCGGUACGAGGAACGCAUCACCGAACUCCACAGCAUCAUCGCUGAGCUCAAUAAGAAGAUAGAUCGUUUGCAAGGGACCACCAUCAGGGAGGAGGAUGAGUACUCAGAACUGCGAUCAGAACUCAGCCAGAGUCAGCACGAGGUCAAUGAGGACUCUCGUAGUGUGGACCAAGACCAGAACUCUGUCUCCAUCCCUGAAAACCAGUCCACCAUGGUCACUGCGGACAUGGAUAACUGCAGCGACCUGAACUCGGAACUGCAGAGGGUGCUGACGGGGCUGGAGAAUGUGGUCUGCUGCAGGAAGAAGAGUAGCUGCAGCCUCUCGGUGGCAGAGGUGGACAGGCACAUCGAGCAGCUCACCACUGCCAGCGAGCACUGUGACUUGGCUAUUAAGACAGUGGAGGAGAUCGAAGGGGUCCUUGGCCGGGACCUGUAUCCCAACCUUGCUGAAGAGCGGUCUCGAUGGGAGAAGGAGCUGGCUGGGCUGAGGGAAGAGAACGAGAGCCUGACUGCCAUGCUGUGCAGCAAAGAGGAGGAGCUGAACAGGACCAAGGCCACCAUGAACGCCAUCCGGGAGGAGCGGGACCGGCUGCGGAGGAGGGUUCGAGAGCUUCAAACUAGACUGCAGAGCGUGCAGGCCACAGGGCCCUCCAGCCCUGGCCGCCUCACUUCCGCCAGUCGCCCUGUUAACCCCAGCACCGGGGAGCUGAGCACUAGUGGCAGCAGCAAUGACGUCCCCAUCGCCAAGAUUGCUGAGAGAGUGAAGCUAUCAAAGACCAGGUCCGAAUCUUCAUCGUCUGAUCGGCCAGUCCUGGGCUCAGAAAUCAGCAGCAUAGGGGUAUCCAGCAGCGUGGCGGAGCACCUGGCCCACUCUCUUCAGGACUGCUCCAACAUCCAAGAGAUCUUCCAGACGCUCUACUCCCAUGGAUCUGCCAUCUCGGAAAGCAAAAUUAGGGAGUUUGAGGUGGAAACGGAACGGUUGAAUAGCCGUAUCGAGCACCUCAAAUCCCAAAAUGACCUUCUGACCAUAACCCUGGAAGAAUGCAAAAGCAAUGCUGAGAGAAUGAGCAUGCUGGUGGGGAAAUACGAAUCCAAUGCCACCGCGCUGAGGCUGGCCCUACAGUACAGUGAGCAGUGCAUCGAAGCCUAUGAACUCCUCCUGGCGCUGGCCGAGAGUGAGCAGAGCCUCAUCCUGGGGCAGUUCCGCGCCGCUGGUGUGGGGUCGUCUCCUGGAGACCCAUCAGGGGAUGAAAACAUCACUCAGAUGCUCAAGCGAGCUCACGACUGCCGGAAGACAGCCGAGAACGCCGCCAAGGCCCUGCUCAUGAAGCUGGACGGCAGCUGCGGGGGAGCCUUUGCUGUGGCCGGCUGCAGUGUGCAGCCUUGGGAGAGCCUGUCUUCUAACAGCCACACCAGCACAACCAGCUCCACAGCCAGUAGCUGUGAUACGGAGUUUACUAAGGAAGACGAACAGAGGCUGAAAGAUUAUAUCCAGCAGCUCAGGAAUGACAGGGCCGCGGUCAAGCUGACGAUGCUGGAGCUGGAAAGCAUCCACAUCGAUCCUCUCAGCUACGAUGUCAAGCCCCGGGGAGACAGCCAGCGGCUAGACCUCGAAAACGCGGUGCUGAUGCAGGAGCUGAUGGCCAUGAAGGAGGAGAUGGCGGAGUUGAAGGCCCAGCUCUACCUCCUGGAGAAGGAGAAGAAGGCCCUGGAGCUGAAGCUGAGCACGCGGGAGGCCCAGGAGCAGGCCUACCUGGUGCACAUCGAGCAUCUGAAGUCCGAGGUAGAGGAACAGCAGGAGCAGCGCACGCGGUCCCUCAGCUCCACCAGCAGCGGCGGCAGGGACAGGGCCGGCAAGGAGUCUGCGGACGCUGCCUCCCCAGCUCUGUCUCUGGCUGAACUGAGGACGGCGUGCAGCGACAGCGAGCUGGCCGCGGAGUUCGCCAACGCCAUCCGUCGAGAAAAGAAGUUAAAGGCCAGAGUUCAAGAGUUGGUGAGUGCCUUGGAAAGACUCACCAAGAGCAGUGAAAUCCGACACCAGCAAUCGGCGGAGUUCGUUAAUGACCUAAAGCGAGCCAACAGCAACCUGGUGGCUGCCUAUGAGAAAGCAAAGAAGAAGCAUCAAAACAAACUGAAGAAGCUGGAGUCUCAGAUGAUGGCCAUGGUGGAGAGACAUGAGACCCAAGUGAGGAUGCUCAAGCAAAGAAUAGCUCUGCUGGAGGAGGAGAACUCAAGGCCUCACACCAAUGAAACUUCACUUUAAUUGGCACUCAGCCUCCACAGUUCUGUCCGUGGAGGCUAAAGUCUAGCAGGUCGCUGAGGAGAGGGGCCCCAGAGGACAGAGUAACCUGUUGGGAGAAGGAGAAAAGGGAAGGUUGGCAGGUAGGUCAGCACUUGGACAGUGGAGAGCCCUGGACUCAGGCCUGGGGCGAGUGGCCCUGGGACGCGGUGUAGACUGUAUCCAGAGGAUCCUGCUCCUCCCCUCCUGGGCUGUGGACCGCGUGGGAACCCCUGCCGUGUGUGCUGGCUCCGCAGGUCUUGCUUCUGCUUUCAGCACUGGCUCUGUCACUCUCCCACCUUUCUGUUCUGGAACUUGUGCAUUGGUGGUAUAAUCCAGGCAUCAUCUGUUCAAGAUUUUCCAUUCUUUUUUUCUCUUUUUGGUAGACAGCAACCUUAUCUCUGACAUCCCUAAUUUCUCCUCUGUCCUUCUCCUUCAGGGGAAAACUGCCGGGGGGUGGGGGGACGGGGCGUGGGGGGAGGUUUGCGGAGACAAUGCUCAGCAUCUAGAAGAACUGCUGCUUUGUUUAUUGCAACCAGGCUUUGGUUUUCAAGUCCCAGGUGUCAACAUUUAAGACACAGGCUGUCACUCAGAGGUGUUCUGGGAUGUCAAGCACAGGCGGAUGGCACACAGGUAUUCCUUACAGUCCCAGACAUGUUGAAGCUACAGGGAGAGCAGUUGGGUCUGAACAACUCCGUAUGGGAGAAUGAGAACUUCCUUCACCUCUCACUGUGAAAGCAGGGCUGGGCAGGGAGCUCUCUUUAGACUGAGAUUUCCCCAUCCUGGUGGAGCCUUAUUAACAGCCAAGGCUCGGAGCUGAGAGAAUCCCCUUGAUACGUGUAAGGGAACUAAACUUUUGUCAGGAGCAGAGACGCAUUAGUACUUUCCACCACCCCAGGGCACUACAUAAUUGCUGUUCUACAGGAAUCAAAGCUCACCCACAUGAA